UUUUCCAAAAAAAAAGUGUGCACCUUUUUAUUUCAAUUUUGCCCCUCCAACUCCCAACGUCGUCUUUUUCUUCUAGAUUGGCGCGCAUUUUCUCCCACUCCCUACUUCAUCGCAUCUGGGGGACACAACACUCUGAAAUUGCAUCUAUUGUCUACUCAAAUAUUUCAUUCCAUCAAGAGAACGCCCAACAAGAUGUCUCGAUUUUUCCGCAGCGGCGACGACAGCUCGUCUGAGAGCAGCUCCGAAGAGGAGGAGCUCUACUCCGAGGAAGAGGAGGAAGAGGAAGAGCAGGAAGCCGAGUCUGAAGAAGAUGAAGACGAGGACGAGGAUGAGUCCGAAGAAGAGUCAAGCAGCGAUGAGGAGGGUGGUAAAAGAUCCGGUGCCGCUCGUUUCUUACGUGGUGACGAUUCCGAGAGCGAAGAGAGCGACGAUGAGGCCCCCAAGACCCUCAAGAGUGCCAAGGACAAGCAGCUGGCCGAAUUAGAGUCAAUAAUCGACACUAUAGAGAAGCGUCAGAAGAUCAGUGAUUGGGGUGCUGUGUCUGCUGAAUUCGACAAGCUCAACAGACAGGCCGCCAAGAUCUCCGAGCGCGGCCGGACGCCGAAGCUCUACAUCAAGGCCCUUGUGGAGUUAGAGGACGCGAUGAACGAGGCCAUUUCGAAACAGAAGGUUACCCCCAAGAAGAUGAAUGCCACGAGCGCCCGUGGUCUCAACGCCGUCAAGCAAAAGAUCAAGAAGCUCAAACAGGACUACCAAUCGCAGGUCGAUUCUUACAGAGAGGAUCCUUUAGAUUUCCUUGCUUCGGAAGACGAGGAAGAGGCACCCGCCCCCAAACCCAAGAAGAUCAAGGCAGAGGAUCUCAUUGACCAAGUCGAGGAUGAUCAAGAAGGCUUUUCCACAGUUGGUAAAGGCGGCAGAACGCUCCAAUUUACCCCGGAGAGCAUCUUCAAACACCUACGUGGAAUCAUGGAAUCUCGUGGUAAGAAGAAUACGGACCGUACUGAACAGAUCAAGAUCAUGGAGAAGCUUCACGAAGUUGCUGUCACUCCAUACCAACAAAUCAAGGUCCUUCUAACUAUGGUCUCCGCACGAUUCGAUCUUGGGUCUGGUGGAUCGGCAUCCAUGCCUUUAGAGCACUGGAAGGCUGCCGAGAAAGAGAUCUCUACCUUGUUCGAGGUCUUAGAGGCGAACCGGGAAUACGUCGUGAUCGAGAAUGCCGAGGAAUGGGAUGACGAUGAGAAGCCGCCUACGCUGCAGCCAGGCGAGAAGUACAUCAAGAUCCCUGGAAGUAUUGUGUCGUACGUGGAGCGGCUAGAUGAUGAACUUACUCGAUCUCUACAGAGCAUCGACCCCCAUACUUCCGAGUAUAUCGAGCGACUGACAGACGAGGGCUCCUUAUACAACGUCAUCUUCCGAGGCCUUCUUUACUACGAAACCCUCACCAAGGAUGAGUCUCUGCAGACCCCCCAGGAUAGCCUCAACCGCAUAGUUAUGCGUAGAUUGGAACAUGUUUACUUCAAGCCUUCUCAAGUCGUUAAGAUCCUCGAAGAGAACGCUUGGAAGCCUGUGCCAGCGGAUGUUGAGUCCACCAUCACUCCCAGAGGCAGUAUCACGGAUGCUACCAAUCUCCUGAACGUCCUCUGCAAUUAUCUAUUUGUCAACAGCGAGGGCAUCAUUCGUGCCCGCGCCAUGCUUUGCCAAAUUUACUUCCUGGCCCUUCACGACGAAUACUACAAGGCUCGAGACAUGAUGCUCAUGUCGCAUUUGCAGGAGACGAUUGGCAGUUUCGACGUCCAGACACAGAUUCUCUACAACCGAACGCUUGUUCAAGUUGGACUAUGCGCCUUCCGGAAGGGUCUAGUGUACGAAGCACAGAACACGUUACAGGAGAUCUGCGGUAGCGGUCGACAGAAGGAACUGUUGGCCCAGGGUGUCAUGAUCCAGCGGUUUGCACAGGUAUCCCCCGAGCAAGAGCGACUAGAGAAGCAACGACAGCUGCCCUUCCACAUGCACAUCAACCUCGAACUUCUAGAGUGCGUUUACUUAACAUGCAGCAUGCUUCUCGAGAUCCCGCUGCUUGCCCAAACUGGUUCCUCGCCCGAUAUCAAGAAGCGAGUCAUCAGCAAGACUUACCGACGCAUGUUGGAAUACCAUGAGAGACAAAUCUUCACCGGACCACCGGAGAAUACUCGUGACCAUGUGAUGCAAGCGUCUCGCGCUCUGGCCGCCGGAGAGUGGAAGAAGGCUACCAAUUUCAUCCACAGCAUCAAGAUCUGGGAUUUGAUGCCGAACACAGAAGAGAUCAAGACCAUGCUCUCGAAGCAAAUCCAGGAGGAAGGUCUACGGACUUACCUUUUCACGUACGCCCCGUUCUACGACACCCUUGCCAUCUCCACCCUCUCAUCCAUGUUCGAACUCGAGGACCGCAAAGUGGCUGCUAUCGUCAGCAAGAUGAUUAGCCAUGAGGAGCUAGCUGCCGCCCUCGACCAAGUUACAUCGACAGUUAUCUUCCGGAAGGGCGUGGAACUAUCUCGUCUCCAGAGUCUUGCGCUCACCCUGUCGGACAAGGCAGCACAGCUCAUCGAGACUAACGAACGUACGCUCGAGCAACGUACGCAAGGUACGGCAAACGCCUUCGACAGGAGAGGCGGACAGAACCAGAGAGGUGGCCGAGGUGGCGGACAACGGACGGGCCGGGGCGGCGCAAGGACAGGCGGGACUGGUCAAAGACAAGCUGGCGGCACGCAGUUUACUGGAGGUGUGCUGAGCGGUGCAGUCCGAGGUUAAACGACUGCCGGAUAGGGUUUCGUCUUCAACUUUCUCUCGUUUGUAUCUGCUGCAUACGGCUGGGUUUGACUUAUAAUGAAAAGGCCUCGGUAUGGGACUGGCAUAGUCGCCGGUGACGAGGUUCGCUUAUGUUGAUAACAUAGCUAUGGCUAGAGAAUUGACUUCUAGAACACAUGAAUUUA